AUGUCACAAAAUCCAGGCAACGAGAAUAUUGCUGGCGCUGCCACUUCGCAACCAUCAACAUCCGGACUAAAAUCGUAUACAUACGCGGAACUAAGCCCUUUUAGUCUCCAAGAUCUGGAUUAUGCAGAGGAUGAGACGUCUGAGAUCCCGGCUUUAUCAAGUUCGUAUGCAGGGGAAGUAUCGGGAAACCUAUCGCCGGAGACGAGCAUGGAAUCGCACUACACGACAACUCCUGAGGUAAUGACUCCCAACAAUCGCGAACAGCCGAGGGUCGAACGCUUGACGAACACUAGCGGUCCUAUAGAAGCUAUUAAAGAAUCCCUUGGAAAGCCUGAGGGAACUUCCGACUUCGCUUCAGUGCUGUAUGCUUUUUUCUCGAAGGAAUCGUCGACGUUAAAUCGGGCUUCUGUAGAGACAAACUUCCUGCUCACGAUUAUUCUGGAACUUAAGGAGGAAAUCAGUCGUCUGCGUCGUUCUCAAGAUAGAUCUUCGCCUAUGAUAGGUGUACAAAAGUUCAAAUACGAAAAUCUUACCCGAAAUCAUAUAUUGAGCUAUCGGAAACCAUUUAAGGAGGUGAAUUUAAAUGAAGCCCUCUGUCACUACACUGCUCCGAAACGACUGGAGGACCGCGCAGACAAAGAAGUCACGGAUUUUCUGCGAAACAUCUUCAAAGAGAUUUGUGAUCCGCCAUACGAAAUAUGGGAUUACACCUACCGUGCCGCAAAUUCUCCCCGAGCAGAUAAGAGGUUGAUUAAUUUGCCGGAAGGCAUCAGUCACACCAUCACAGAGUUCAUAAUUGAUGCCGUAGGCCUAUCCCAUCCCUAUAUUUACAGUGGAAAACUUGCAAGCCUGAGAAAUUCCCAGGAAAGGUUCUGGUUGGCCCUUGGCGACACCGAAGAGAAUAGAGAAACACGCUUCAAGCAACUCUUAAGGGCGAAGACGACCUGGUUUGACAACUGUAAAACUUGUAUGACGCGAUCCCUAGAGGACAUCCGUUCCUACCGCAUGCACGACGGCCAGCUAGUCGCUCCCAAGAAAUACAAAGCAACCCUUGAGACGGGACUUUCUCGUCAACAAACGGCGGAAAUGUCAUCAGAAGAGAGAGAACAAGCUUUGCAGAAUUCUGUGGAAUUUUGGUGCGGUUGCACAUUGUCACCUCAAGGAGAUGAUAAAUUUGAACUCAACUACGAAAGAUUUGUCCGAGAAGUGUGGGAUUUCAAUGCACUCUGCCGCCGUGAAUAGGAUAAGAUGAACUUAGCGCAACUGUGGAAAGUUCCAGGAAGUGUACGAUUUUAGUGCGGUUGCACUUUGCCGUCAUUAACAGGAUGAAAGAACUGCAGGAUAUCCUAUCCUUAUCCCUUCUCCUACUGGUUGCCGGAUCAGUGGACGUUUUUUGCAAUUUUUGCUGAGUGUUCGCCCUGC